AUGUCGACACAAGAGCCAGCCACCUCGUCCAGCUCAACGGACCCCGCCGUUAGCGACGUAAAGCUCGAACGAAAAGCUCGAAAGGAAGCACAAAAGGCGCUCAAGCUCCAACAAGCUGCGCAAAAGAAAAUCGCCAUCAAAGCGGAACAACCAUCAACCGCUUCCUCGUCCAUCAGCAAGUCGUCGAGUGCGAAUGCGAGUGCGAGUGCGAGUUCUAGCUCCAGUUCCAGUCUGAAAGCGCCACGAAAACCUCCAUCGAGCGACGAGCAACUCUCGCGAGCGCUCGCCUACAUCCUACGACACGGUGCCGAAAAGGAAGCACUCGAGAUUCGUGCCGACGGCUAUGUUUUGCUAGAGCAUGUGCUACAGCGACCCAGAGUCAAGAGUGUCACCAUCACGCUUCCUGACGGAAAAAAGACAAAGCCACGCUUGGAGGAUGUCAGGAGGAUUGUAGAGAGUAACGAGAAAAAGAGGUUUGAAUUGUCCCAGCAAAACUCAGCCGAGUGGUGGGUGAGAGCGGUUCAGGGACAUUCGUUGAAGAACGUCGUAGAGCUGCAACACGUCGCGCUGACGUUGGAGAAUCUGCACCUGUUGAAGCUGACACAUGACGAUCCACACAAUCACAGCCUCACAGAAGAGCACCAUCUGAAGACCAACCUCGAUGCCUUGCAGAUCGCCAGCGAGCAUCGCGUGCAAGUCAUCCACGGAACCUAUGCUCCAGCUUGGGACCUCAUCCUCGCAUCCGGCGGCUUGAAGCCCAUGACUCGCAAUCACAUCCACCUUGCCAAAGGCAAGUUUGGCCAACAGGGAGUCAUAUCCGGCAUGCGCAAAUCCGCCAACAGGCUCAUCUACAUCGACAUUGUCAAAGCCAUCACCGACGGCAUCCCGUUUUACCUCUCUUCCAACGGCGUCGUUCUCACCCCAGGUGACAACCAACAUCACAUGCUCGGCGUACAGUACUUUACCAAGGUAGAAGAUCAAAACGCGCAGCUCGUGUGGUCUCGACCGCCGUCGCCGUCGCCGUCGCCGUCGCCGUCGCCGUCGCCGACUGUAUAA